AUGUUACCACCACUAUAUAAGAAAGGUCUAGGUAGGCCCAAGAAAUUGAGGUUUAUAGAGCAUGAUGAGACAGGGUCAAGGAUGAGGUGGCUUGGUGUAGCUUAUAGAUGCACUAAAUGUGACAAAUUUGUCCACGACUCAAGGAAAUUUCAGAGCACUGAACAGGAUCCCAAUGCAUUAAAAAGAAAGAGGAAAACACCAAGGACCAAUGCCUCAUCAAUUGUUAGGGAAGGGGUGUCAUCAACUUUUGGUGAAGGGGUGUCAUCAAUUGUUAAUGAUGAUCUAGAUUUCAAUGUAAUUAUUGAGGAGAUGAUGGCAGAAUUUGAACAUCAGCCAUUCCAAUAUCCACAAUCUAAAGCGUGUAAUACUACAAAUUUCGCUAAAAAAAUUAUUCUCAACCUUAGUACUCCAAGUAAGGUGAAGAAUAAAUUACGUGAGAAGAAGAAACAUGCUCAUAAGAAGAAAGAUCAUGAGUAG